AAAACUACGAGAUGUUGAUAGUUGGUUGAUAUAAGAAAAUAGAUAUUAUUUAUUGAAUGCUCGUGUAUUUCAGUCAUCAGUGAAAAUUAAAGUUAAAAGUUGAUAUUUUGAUAAUGUGAUUCAAUCAAUUGUUGUUAGCUUCUGUGGAUAAAUAUAUCAAAUCAAGACUGCUAUAAUGAAUAUGUAUUUAUAUAUGAAAACAAGUAAAUAACCAGGGUGAAAAUGUCUGAAUCAAACAAUCCUUUUGCUGGUUUGUUAGGGGCGACUGAAGUAACUACCAGUACAAAUGGAGAGCAUUCAUCGGAGCUAAGACAAAAUCCGUUAACAAUGAAAGACAGUAAAGAAAACGAACAAAUUUAUUCUUUAAAUAAUAUGGUUGAGGAUGUUUUUCACUUUUCUAUCAAUCCAAAUGCUGUGGCAGAAAAUUCCAACAAGCAGCUGGUUUACCUAGAAGAAUUAGCUCAGGCUAUGAAACCCAAUGUACUAAUAGAUUUAGAGGCAUUAGAACAAGCCUUAUUUGAAAGAUUGCUUCUACAAAAUGUUGAACAAAGUGUAAUACCAAAAUCAAGUAGGGGAUUCAAAGAACAUAUUGUUCAAAAUAAAGUAUUUCCAUACUUAUUUAAUUCGUUGCAAAAUCUUCAGACCUAUGAGAAUAAAAAUGAUGAAUAUGUUAAAGAAGCUGUUAAGACUAUGAAAGGGCUCGUCUUUAGGAAUGCUGUGACAGCACUUAAGCAACCAGCACUAUUUGAGGGGCAAGACUUUUCUAUACAAUUAGUUAAACUUUUACAAGAUGUUGAUAAAAAUAGCCAUACCUUUUUUAAUGAUUUAGUGGGAGCAUUCAUGAUGGAUGGAGAUCCUGAUGCACAAAAUCAGUUAAAAGAGACAAUGCUACCUGUAUUGGUAAGGAUACACACAGAUGUUAAUAAGGCUAACAUAAUAAAUCUCCCGAUUUAUGUUUUACCAGCCAUACUAAUUUUCGCUAGUAAUCAAUAUUUAGCGCCAAUUCUAAUGUCGGCUUGUGAGCCAAAAAAUGAAAAGAUUGGAAGACAGUAUCAAGAUACAGUUCUCGGAGCUCUUAUAUCAUUAUCUGUUUUGCCCAGAAAUCCUACAUCACCAUAUGAAUUUUAUGACAACCCUGAGGAUGAGUCUACUGUAUCAGUAAUAGACACCUCAAUUAAGAAUUCAACGUCACAUCUCAUUGACGGCUUACACAAGAUCUUCUUGACACUACUCAAAAGUGGACCUCAAAUGAAGGAACGGCUAUUGAAAUGGAUUGGAAAGUGUCUCAAAGCAAAUGUUGCCAGAGGAAAGCUGUGGAAUGUUCAGGGUGGAGAAAUAAGCGCUGCAUCACUGCAGUGUGUCUCUGAUGGAUUUAUGUUGAAUUUGGGUUCGAUUUUGUUACAACUCUGCCAGCCAUUUUGCUCCAAAGCGGGUGAUCCAAAGUCCUUGAAAAUUGAUCCCACAUAUGGUGCUGUACCUCCAGAAGAAUGUGCAGCGAAGUCGGUACAUUUAGACUUUCUUCACAGUGAAACAUGUCUGUUGCCAGCAAGGGAAACUGAAGAUGGACAGACAGUUAAGCGACCCACCGCUGAAUCAUAUAGUUUUGUAACUGAGUGCUUUUUUAUGACACAAAAGUGCAUCGACUUAGGUGUACGGGUGUGUGCUGAAAAAAUAUAUCGAUACAACGAUGAUAUGGCCAGGACAACAAGAGCCUUGAUGGAUGUUCGUCAUUUGGGAGUCUCAUCAGAACAUAUUGCCCCUAUCAGGCAGAGGCUAACGCAUCUACAGAAUAAAUAUCUAAGUCUGCGAUGUGCACUUAUGGAGACUAAUAUGCUACCGUUUAUGCGACGGUUGCAAGGUGCUACUUGUACAUGGCUGGUGCAGAUAGCGAUACGGGAAAAUGCUGAGAAUUUACCAUGCUAUGCACCAAUGAAUAUAAUACCAGUUAAAAUGCCCAUAACUACUCCACCGCCAGAUACUUUAAGAUGCAUUCCAGAGUUCGUUCUAGAGAACGUGGUGGUGUUGAUCACCAUAGCCCGGCGGACUGUCAAGCUGAACAUGGAUGAUGCGGACGUGGUAAACCUUCUGGCGCCUGCUCUUACCCUUGUGCUGACCUUCAUGGGGGACUCCUCGAGGACAUACAACCCGCAUUUAAGAGCUCGUCUUGCAGAGUGCUUAGAGGCUAUGUUGCCAAAUAACGAAGAUGACAGUUCAUCGCACAAUAACAUCUCAUCUUUCUACAGGGAACAAAUAUUCAAGACGCAUCCUCAUAGAUUCCAGCUAGUCCCGUGUCUUCUGGAUGUGUUCGUUGGAAUAGAGAUGACAGGACAGAGCGUGCAGUUUGAACAGAAGUUCAACUACCGGCGGCCAAUGUACGUCGUUAUGGACUUUCUGUGGGGCUUCGAGGAACACCGAGAGGCGUUUACGUCGCUGGCACGUGAGGCAGAAGCAAACAUGGAAGCAGUCCAUCCUCCAAUAUUCCUGCGAUUUGUCAACCUGCUCAUGAACGACGCUAUCUUCCUGUUGGAUGAGGCCCUCGGGAAUAUGGCACAGAUACGAAAUCUGCAGAAUGCACAAGAGUCCGCUGCUUGGACGAACUUAUCCGCUCAGGAGCGAGAGCAGAACCUGACAAACCUAUCCCACACCGGCAUGUUGGCUCGCUUUGACAACAUCUUAGGGCGCGACACGAUCCGCACACUGGUCCGACUCACUGCGCACGCGCCGUUCGUGUUCUGCCACCCCACUCUAGUCGAAAGGAUCGCGUCCAUGCUCAACUACUUCUUGCUGCAUCUCGUCGGACCUAAUAAGAAGAACUUCAAGGUAAAAGACAUGAAGGAGUAUGAAUUCGAUCCGGCGAGUACGGUCCUCGACAUAUGUCGCAUGUAUGUGGAGUUGGGCAAGAAUGAACGGUUCUGUGCGGCCGUGUCCGAUGACGGCAGGUCUUACUCCCCGAAGCUGUUCACUCUCGCCGAGUCUGUGCUGGUUCGUAUCAGAGGAGGUGAUUUGAUAUCGUCACUACGAGACGUAGCGGCCAGGGUCAGCACGAUUGCGGAACAGAGACAGCGCGAUGAAGAGAUACUGGCGAAUGCGCCCGAAGAGUUCCUGGACCCCAUCAUGAGCACCCUGAUGUUGGAUCCCGUUAUACUGCCCAGCUCGAGAACCACCGUUGACAGAACUACAAUUGCAAGACACCUUCUUAGUGACCAAUCAGAUCCAUUCAACCGUUCACCACUGUCAAUGGACCAGGUGAAGUCGAAUACUGAACUCAAGGAGAAGAUUGAAGCCUGGAUUGCAGAACAGAGAGGGAAGAUUGCUCACACCAGUACCUCCAGUACUUCGUAAAACGUUCCACAAAUAUAAUUAUUUUUCCAUAGGAGUUGACAGCAAAUUUUAUUACUUCUAUAUUGUAUUGUUUUUUUUUUAACUAGUUAUUUGGGUCUUUGUUUUAGGGUUUUGUUGAAA